AUGGUUCAAAACGGAGGCACAUGUCUCUACAAAGAGGCGCGAUUGAACAUCGAACCCGCCUAUCCUGGCUCGACAAUCGUAUUUUCGAUACCAACACACGCUCCUUUCGGGAUCCGAGGUACGGUGAAGCGCAGUCUUAUCACAGAGCACUAUGCAGACAAAGACGAGGAGGCCUUCACGAGGCGUCAUCUAGCCACGGAUGGAUCCAUGUUCUUUCGGCAACACCAUGCAUACCCGCGAAGCUUCCUCUGGCGGGUGCUGGACAACAGAAAGAUGUUGGAGAUACAGUCCACCGACUUGGACCACGACUUUGCCGACAAGUUCGAGGCCAACCUCGCGCUCCUCUUCCAGUUCCCCGCCGAGAUUCGACCCUUUUGCGUCGCCUUCGCUGAGCCCGCUGACCGAAACGCAUUGAGCGUCUUCGUAAUCACGACGAACAACGAGCUCUAUACCAUGACUCUACACCGCGACUUCUUCUCCACUCCCGCAGCCUCGGAGCAGGAACCCGAGACGUGGUGUAAGAGGUUCGAGCCGGCCCUCUUCAGCGGGCGCAUACCCUACAGAUUGGUCGCCGAAAGCGCAGAGGAGCUACUCGUAACACUUGAUGAUGGGGCCAUCUGCCGUCUGAUUUGGGACAAGGCCAACAACACGUGGGACGGGGCGCGGUACCAGCAGAGUAACUGGUCGGUACGCGGUCUUCUGUCAUGGAAAGCGCAGCCCACAGUCAGGUUUGAAAACGCAGACUUUGCUGUAUCAGCCGCCGCUGCGGUCGCGAUAUCACCGAACAAGCAACACAUCCUCUCAGUGUGUUUGGAUCACUCGAUAAGGGCGUGGAACAUUGCGUCGGGCAAGCCAGGUGCUCACGUUGACCUUUUGGGCGCCGACGACUUUGCACUAGAAAAGUCACAAGCUUCAUACUCGAUUGGACCUUCGCAGUCGAUGCUCAUGACUGUUGUGGACGGUCUUGGGGGGCCGGGAGGCGCAGAGUAUCAUAUCGUCACCUACUCUCCGAAGCAACAUCAAUUCAAGUUCUGGGGCGUGCGGGACGCGGACGACCAGGACCAUGGAUUCUACGAUGCUGCGCAGGACUCGGAGCUCAUUCCGCCGAUUGACGAACUGAUGAACACGACUGUAUGGACACUAGAGGAAUUCCACGUAAUCCCAGGACCUGGGUGGAGGGGCUCGGAGAUCUGGAUACGCGCUAGGUCAGGACCGAGCAGUAAAGUCUACUCAUUGAAAUUCGACCUCACUGAUUUUGCCGACCAACGAACACAAACUUGGAAGAGCGAUUGGGUGUCUGUUGAUUCAGGCCCAUUGACCGUCGAGGCACUAAAGAUGAAUCCUGCGAAUCCUAGCGAGCGAGAGUUGGAGCCUGACGAGGAGGUCUCUGAUCAAUGGAUUGACUUCCUGUUCUAUCCCGGACGGUUCACGAUUGCGACGUUGGAGACGGCGCUGCUCAUCUGCAAAAGAGGUUCAGAGCGGGUGCGGUCAAGUCGAUCGUCGAAUCGGGGCAGCUUGAAAGAGCGUCUAAGCGCCACUAUUGUCACCCUCGCGGUCGAGCACAGUCCGCAAACAGAAGAUCUUAGCAAAGCCAUAAUAGCAGAGUGGCAGGCUUACUGGAGUCUGGUAAAGGAUCUACAUAAGCGGAGGGGAGAAUCGCUAUCACUCGUUUACGACCGAGCUACCGACCGGCCGUGGCUAGUGUUGAGCGACCACCUCUCUGCGAUUAGGAAUUGCAGCGAGUCAGAAGUCACUACACUCAACGCAGCUGCCAUCUCAAGCCAGCGCGUGCUGAGCAAACCCCUACGGCAAACCCUGGAUACUUCGGAGUCUCGCGAUGUGGCACGUUUGUUGAACGCCGCAGCUUCCUUCCGUCAACGACUGCCAUCUUUUGUCCAGCAACAAGUACAACGCCACAUGGAGAUGGACCUACUACAGAGCCGGAACAUCACAAUCUUGGAUCGCAUGGAAUGGAUCGAGGUCAACAGCGAACUCUCCCAGCAUGUGACUGACGAGGAUGUCACCGUCCUUGUCGAAGAGCUUGGUAUGGAAGUGAAGGACUUGGGCACUGAGACAUUUCUCCGAGCUAUCAAGAAGCUGGACUAUGAACACGAUGGCCGACCUCAGUCGAGAAAGCAAAUCGCAAGAUAUGGGCUGAGUGCGCUAUCUUCAGUCUCCAAGGAAACGCUUGAGAAUGACCACAAUGCCCUAUUGGACUUGCUUGUGCUGCUGUUGUUCAUGUUCAUCGAGCUGGAGGGAGAAACACAUGAUGAGUGGGAUGCAUCUGAAGUCUUUGCAGAACUUUUGCUUCGAUACAAGGAUUGCAUGGUGGUGUCCUGGUUAGCUCGCACAGUGUGGGCUCACCAGUCUAUGACGGGUCAAGCGUCAGAGCAACUGUAUCGCAUGUUAGGCGAGACGUACAAGACCCAGAAGCUACCUAUCACCCAGACAGUCCUCGAGGGCAUCUACGGACUGCGCGCCUUUGAGGUCUUGCUACCAAAGGAUACGAAGGCGGGUCUACUCACCCACUGGAGCCGGGGCUGGUUGUCUUUCAUCUUUAGGGAACACGACUUUGAGAAUGUCGUGGAGGACAUUAUGGGGUUCCUUCUAGCACAGCAAGAGUACGACCUCGCUAUGGACUUUUCCAAGUUCCUUCCUGAAGGUCAUUGGGCCUCUUAUCUAAAGGGGCGCAUGCACCUUGCACUCGGUGAGAGUGCGCUCGCGUCUUUGUGCUUCCAAAAGCCUGCAUAUACCAUGGCCCUCGGUCCAAUGUUCGAUGUCGCGGAAGAAGACACAGCAGGCCUGGUAUCAGAAGUCGAGCGAAACUCGUUUUCCGAAGGCCUAGCACGCUACUACAGUCACGUCAUCGGCCUGUUCGAGAAGGCCAAGGCAUACUCCUACGUCGCGGAUUUUGCCAAACUCGGUCUGCGAUGUUUGAUGGGCCAGGAAGAUGAGGAGCUCAAGACGGAUCUGCUCCAACGGCUCUUCACCGCUUCAAUACAAACAGCUAGAUUCCAUGAUGCGUACUCUGCGUUGAUCAGGCAUAGCGACACAGCCUUGAAAACAUCUGAUCUUCAAACUCUCAUCACAACCAUGGUCACGGCCUCGCAAACUCCCACCCUCCUCACGUUCCCAUUUGUCGGCCUCUCCGACGCCGUCGACACCAUCCUCACCUCUCUCUGCCAAAAGACACUCAACCUUGCUUCCGGACCGCCGUACCAUCAAAUCCUCUACUCGUUCCGCAUCAGCCGAAACAACUUCCGCGGCGCAGCGUCUAUCCUGCACGAGCGGCUGCAACGUCUCAAGACGACCAGUAGCAAGAUCCACGACCCGGCUGAUGAAAGCUUGGCGCAGAUUUACCUCAUGAUUAUCAAUACCUUGUCGGCGGUCAGUAAAGAGGAUGCGUACAUAUUGGCUGAGCAGAGGAUGGAAAGUAGUGGUGCAGGAGGGGGGUUGAAUUGGGGGAUUGGACAGGGCAAGAAGUUGCUCAAGAGGCAGAUUGUUACGCUGGAUACGCUGAGGAAGGAGUAUCAGGAGGAGUUGGAUCGGGUGGCGGCGAUUGAGAGUGGGCAGUUUCCUUUUGUGGAGACGGAGGAUGGGAUGGACAUCUUGUAG